AUGGAAUCUGAGGGAGUGUUACUGCCCUUGUUCCACAAGCACCUUAUGAUGCCAUGGAGUGAUGUGAGGAAAGGUGAUUGCUGUGGACGCUUGGAACCUAUCAGUGACGGCUACUAUUGCAAAAUCUGCGAUUUCUUCGUCCACAAGAAGUGCGGCGAGUCUCCUGAAUGUAUCCAACACACGUCUCAUUCCAUCCACACUCUUGAGCUUCGACGUUAUACAGGACUUAGACAUUGCGAUUUAUGUGAAAGGCUCAUCGUGGAUCUAUACUAUCGUUGUGAUAUCUGUAGCUUCAACAUGGAUCUACAUUGUGCCAAGUACCCACCACCACCAGAGGUUAUUGACAUUUCCGAGACGCAUGGCCACAAGCUCAUUCUUCUCAAGACGAAGAUCCAGUUCUAUUGUGAUGCUAAAUGUGGGAAGAUGGCUUAUGGAUUUCCUUACCUGUGUGUGGAAUGUGAUGUAUAUUUCCAUGUGGAUUGCGUAUGGCAACCGCCGGAGGUCGAAUACCCAUCGGAGGUAAACCACUAUUCCCACUCCUUGCACCCUCUUAAGCACACCAUGGGUAAAUUGCCAGACUAUUCUGAUGGAACAUGUCGUCUUUGCACAAGAAAGAUUGAUGAGAGAUUAUUCUAUCACUGUUCUUCUUGCAACUUCACCUUGGAUAUGAAUUGUGUUGUAGAACCACCACCGCAAUCUUUUCUAGAUUCGAAAGCUCAUGAUCACAAACUCACCCUUCUCCCAAGACUCCGUACUUUUACAUGUAAUGCUUGCGGGUUGGAAGGAGAUCGAAGCCCUUACAUAUGCAUUCAAUGUGACUUCAUGAUCCAUCAAGACUGUCUUGACCUUCCACGCCUCAUAAACAUCAAUCGGCAUGAACACCGUGUUGCUCGCACUUCUGUCCUUGGUGUUAUUAAUUCAGUUUGUGGUGUUUGUCGCGAGAAGGUGGAUUGGACUUGUGGGGGUUACUCCUGUCAGCGGUGUCCUAGCUAUGUCGUUCAUUCGAUAUGCGCUACCAGAGAAGAUGUAUGGAACGGGGAAGAACUUGAAGGAGUACCUGAGGAAGAGGAGGACAUAGAGCCGUACGUGGUAAUAGAUGACAACACAAUACAUCAUUUCAGCCACAAAGAGCAUUAUCUAAGACUCAGCGACAACUGCAAGGACAAUAAGCAUUGCAACGCAUGCACCCAGCCCAUCUCUCUCGAAUCCUUCUAUGGCUGUAUGGAUUGUGAUUUCAUGCUCCACCAAAACUGCGCUCAACUUCCUACAAGAAAACGGCAUGUGCUACAUAAUGAACGGCUUACUCUAGUUCCAAGCGUUACUUUUUCUGUGAUGCUUGUGCUAGAAUGUCCAAUGGUUUCAAAUAAAGAAUAUGAACUCUGCGACGGUUGUGACAGAAGAAUAGUACAUGCGCUCAUAUGCAUUCGAUAUGACUGUGGAUUUACCUUGGAUUUCAAAUGCACCACUUUGCCACAAGUGGUAAAGCAUAGAAUCCACGACCAUCCUCUCUCGUUAUUCUAUGGCGAGGAGGCUAGUGGUAAAUACUGGUGUGACAUUUGUGAGGCAGAAAUCAAUACAAGGUCAUGGUUCUACACAUGUAAAGAUCGCGAGGCUAGUUUGCAUACAAAAUGUGUACUCGGAGACUUUACAGGGCUCAUGCCAAGGAGCACAGUAGAGGUUGAUGGUAGAUUAUGUGAGGUGGUGCUAAAUAACAGUAUGAGUCGUCCAUUUUGCAGGACUUGUAAGUCGCAUUGCAUAUACCCUAUCGUGUUGAAGAUGCUUGGAACCGCAGAUGAAUACAUUUGCUCUUUUCAGUGCAUAAAACUGUCAAAAUUGCCUCGCGUGAUACGUGAUGAUAACGCCCGCAACUGGUUGAGAGGUCCAUCGUAUGUGUAA